AACGUGAAUCUGCUAGCGGCCAGUAGUUUUUCUUUUGCAUUUAUUAUAUAUCACGCCCGCCACGAGAGGUUCCUUACCUCCUUUUAUCAGCUUUGCUAGUAACGUCCGUCCACUUGUCUCUUCCUCCUUUGAAGGUCAGGUGAGAGAGAAAGAGAGUUACGAGGAUGGGGAGCGCAGGCGAAGUUAACUGGAAACUGGCGGAUCAUCCAAAGCUGCCAAAAGAUAAGGUCGUGGCGAUGGUGGUUUUGGAUGGGUGGGGUGAAGCUGAUCCCGAUCAGUAUAACUGCAUCCACGUCGCCGAUACGCCUACCAUGGACUCCCUCAAGAAGGGUGCCCCCGAGAAGUGGAGAUUAGUUAGGGCUCAUGGUAAGGCUGUGGGCCUUCCAACUGAGGAUGACAUGGGCAACAGUGAAGUUGGUCACAAUGCACUUGGCGCUGGCCGCAUUUUUGCUCAAGGAGCAAAGCUUGUUGACCUUGCUCUUGCUUCUGGGAAAAUCUUUGAAGGAGAAGGGUUUAACUACAUAAAGGAGUGCUUUGAAACCGGUACAUUGCACUUGAUUGGGUUAUUGAGUGAUGGAGGAGUGCAUUCCAGGCUUGAUCAGUUGCAGUUGUUGCUAAAAGGAGCCGCCAAGCAUGGUGCUAGAAGAAUUCGUGUUCAUAUACUUACUGAUGGGCGUGAUGUCCUGGAUGGUUCUAGUGUAGGAUUCGUUGAAACUCUUGAGAAAGAACUUGCAGAACUACGUGCAAAGGGGGUUGAUGCACAGAUAGCAUCCGGUGGCGGGCGCAUGUAUGUGACAAUGGAUCGUUACGAGAAUGACUGGAAUGUGGUGAAACGUGGAUGGGAUGCCCAAGUUCUUGGUGAAGCACCAUACAAAUUUAGAAAUGCUGUUGAGGCUGUCAAGAAAUUGAGGGAAGAACCAAAAGCCAAUGAUCAGUACUUGCCUCCUUUUGUUAUUGUCGAUGAGAAUGGGAAGCCUGUUGGCCCCAUAAAUGAUGGUGAUGCUGUAGUCACGAUCAACUACCGAGCAGAUCGUAUGGUUAUGCUUGCCAAGGCUCUUGAGUAUGAAGAUUUUGACAAAUUCGAUCGUGUUCGAUUUCCUAAGAUCAAUUACACUGGAAUGCUUCAAUAUGAUGGUGAGUUGAAGCUUCCCAACCAUUACCUUGUUUCUCCACCAGAGAUUGACAGAACUUCUGGCGAAUAUUUAGUGCACAAUGGCGUUCGUACAUUUGCUUGCAGUGAAACUGUCAAGUUUGGUCAUGUCACUUUCUUCUGGAAUGGAAAUCGCUCUGGUUGUUUCAACCCUGAGAUGGAAGAAUAUGUGGAAAUUCCAAGUGAUGUUGGAAUUACUUUUAACGUCCAACCAGAAAUGAAGGCAAAGGAGAUUGCUGAAAAGGCGAGGGAUGCUAUCCUUAGCCGCAAAUUUCAUCAGGUUCGUGUUAACCUACCAAAUGGUGAUAUGGUGGGUCAUACAGGAGAUAUUCAUGCCACCGUUGUGGGAUGCAAAGUCACAGAUGAUGCUGUCAAGGUGAUCCUUGAUGCGAUCGAGCAAGUUGGUGGCAUAUAUGUUGUGACUGCAGAUCAUGGAAAUGCCGAGGACAUGGCGAAGAGGAAUAAAUCUGGGCAACCUAUUCUUGACAAGAACGGAAACAUUCAAGUUCUUACUUCCCACACUCUCCAACCGGUGCCCAUUGCAAUUGGAGGUCCUGGAUUGGCACCCGGUGUCAGAUUCCGCAAAGAUUUACCAAAUGGUGGGCUUGCCAAUGUAGCUGCCACUGUGAUGAAUCUCCAUGGAUUUGAGGCACCUGGCGAGUAUGAGCCAACUCUCAUUGAAGUUGUUGACAACUAGAAUAACCAUAAAAUGCUGGAUGUACCUUAUGUGAGGGCCUAAAUUUUGAUUGCUGUUUGUGGGACACAGGAGUUCCUACAGUAUUUUAUUUAGGCAAAAUAAAUUAUUUCUAAUUCUGCUACAGGGAUCAUGAGCUCUCCCCCUAUAUGGGAUUCACGUUUGGUUGCUGUCUGUUAUAUGCGGCGGACAGAAUGGCUUAUGAAAUAACAUUUUGUCUGUUAAGUCUCGUAUUUUCAUUCAUUACUAUCUGUUUUUCUUCAAA